UUUAGUCAUUAGUAAAGUCGAAGUCAAUGGGGGUACUACUGUGAAGAAAUUGAAACCUCGAGCUCGAGGACGUAGUUUUUCGAUAAAAAGAUCGACCUGUCAUAUAACUAUUGUAAUGAAAGAUAUAUCUUUAGAUGAUGAAUAUGUCGAGAUAGAUUCGUUAAAAAAAAUGAGAUGGAAAAAAAAAAUCUACAGCUAUGAUGUAUCGUGAUAUGUAUAAUAGUGGGGGAUUAUGGGACAAAAAAUAAAUCCACUUGGUCAUACUAGUGUCUUUAAUAAAGUAGUGAGACUUUUCUGCACGAAUUCAAGCCAGUGAAUUUCUAAAGCGGAUAUCACACGCCAAAUAAAAAAAACAAAAAAAAAAUGAAAUUCCUUUUAUAACCCUCUUCCAUUUCAAUUAUACAUACACCAAUACGCCAUAAUGCACAGUACGUACUGCAGCCAAAAAGCAUUUUGACAAUACUGAAAAAACAGCUUAGCAAUGGAGGAAAUCGAGCAGAACGCCAUUACACCUUCACUCACAUCAUUAAGGCUAAAUUACGACGUGUUCUUAAGUUUUAGAGGCGAAGAUACUCGAAAAAACAUCACAAAUAACUUAUACAAUGCGUUAUACUCACAAGGCAUUCGAGUUUUCCGUGACAAUGAAGGAUUAAGUCAGGGCGAUGAGAUCGCACCAGGUUUAAUGGAGGCGAUUAACGAUUCAGCUGCUGCGAUUGCUAUUAUUUCUCCUAGAUAUGCUUCGUCUAGAUGGUGUCUUGAAGAAUUAGCAACAAUUUGUGAGUUGGGUAAACUUGUUUUGCCUGUUUUCUUCCGGGUUGACCCGUCUGAUGUGAGGAGACAGAAAGGGCCAUUUAUGGUUGAUUUUGAGAAUUUAGAAGCAAGAUUUGGAGUUGAAAAGGCUGUGAGAUGGAGAAAUGCUAUGGAAAGAGUUGGUGGGAUUUCUGGUUGGGUUUACAAUAAUAGUGAUGAGUCACAGUUAAUCCAGUCUUUGGUGAAAAGAGUUCUGCAUGAAUUAAGCAAUUCCCCAAUGAUUGUAGCUCCAUUUGUUGUUGGAAUUGAUUACAGUCUAGAAGAACUAAUAAGGCUGUUGGAUGUCAAGCGCAACGGCGUCAAAAUCUUGGGGUUGCAUGGAAUAGCAGGAGUUGGUAAAACAACUCUUUCUAAGGCUCUUUACAAUAAACUUGCUUGUCAUUUUACACACAGGACUUUUAUCUUGAAUGCUAAGGAAAUAGCAACUCAACAAGGCAUUGUGUCCCUUCAGAAGAAAAUCAUACAGGGUCUGUUCCCUAGCAAGCCGUUCUCCUUCUCCCCUAAUAAUGCACAUGACGGAAGAGUAAAAUUCAGGCGAAUGCUGCAAGAAACGCGCAUUCUGCUGGUCUUAGAUGAUGUUGAUUAUGUAAGUGAUGACGUAAACAUACUAGAGGCACUAAUUGGAGGAAAAAAUUGGUUUUUUGAAGGAAGCAGGGUUGUCAUUAGUACUAGAAACAGAGAAGUUUUGCCAGAAGACAUCGUUAACGAGACGUUUGAGAUGAGAGAAUUGGGUGAUACUGACUCACUAAAACUAUUCAGUUACCACGCAUUUAAAAGACCGGAGCUAUCUCCACCUUUUCAUAAUAUAUCCAGGCAAAUUGUCUCAAUCACUGGAGGGCUACCAUUGGCUCUUGAAGUUUUUGGUUCUUUCUUGUUUGAUAAAAGAAGCGAGGAGGAAUGGUUAGAUGCACUAGAAAAGCUAAAGCAAAUUCGCUUACCCCGUCUUCAAGAUAUCUUGAAGAUAAGUUACGAUGGACUUGAUGAUGAAGAGAAGUGUAUAUUUCUGGAUGUUGCAUGUUUAUUUCUUGGUCAACUAGAUAAGAAAGUAGAAGAUGUAAUUGAUGUGAUGAAAGGAUGUGGUUUUAGAGCCAGGAUUGCAUUUGACACAUUAACCGCUAGAUCAUUGAUUAAGGUGAUUGAUGGUGGGGACUUGUGGAUGCAUGACCAGAUAAGAGAUAUGGGAAGACAAAUUGUUAUGGAAGAAGGCCUUUUCAAUCAUGGAAAUCGCAGCAGGCUCUGGGAUGCUGCUGAGGUUUUGAGUGUGUUACAAGAAGGGAAGGGGACACAGCACAUCCAAGGGAUCAUCCUGAAUCAGCAGCAUAAGUCAUCAAAGAUCAAAAGCACGAAAGCAAUUACCAGAGAGCAAUUUCAACAAGCGCCCAGUCUCAGUUCUGCUUUAGCUUACAUUAAAGAGUUAUAUAAACAACAAUUUCAGCAUGAUGCAAAAGAAACCAAUGAGUUGGUAUUGAAGACUGAAGUAUUUGAUCCAAUAGUUAAUCUGCGGCUGCUCCAAAUCGAUAAUGUGAAACUAGAAGGAAAUUUGGGGAAGUUACCUUCUUCACUAAAAUGGCUCCAGUGGAAAAGAUGCAAUCUUUCAAGUUAUUAUUCUAAUGAUUAUCCAAGUGAACUUGCCAUACUUGAUCUCUCAGAGAGCCAAAUAGAGAGGAUUGGAAGCCGGGAAUGGACCCGGAGUCGAAAAAAGGCGGCCAACAAAUUGAAAGUUAUGAAUCUCUCUGAUUGUCAUAAAAUAACAGCUAUUCCUGAUUUAUCCAUGCAUAGAGCACUGGAAAAGUUGAUAGCUGAGCGCUGCAGUGCAUUGCAAAGGAUUCACAGAGCAAUCGGGAAUCUGAAAACUUUAUGUCAUUUAAAUCUAAGAGAUUGCCGCAACCUUGUUGAAUUUCCAAGUGAGGUCUCUGGGCUGAAAAAUCUUGAAAAGCUGAUACUCUCGGGUUGCUCGAGAUUGAAACAGCUGCCUGAAGAUAUAGGCAAGAUGAAAUCUUUACAAGAGCUUCUAUUAGAUGGGACUGCUAUAGAGAAAUUGCCUCAAAGUAUAUUUCGCUUAACAAAACUUGAAAGGUUAAGCUUAAACAACUGCCACUCAUUCAAACGACUUCCCCGGUUAUUAGGAAAUUUAAGUGCUUUGAAGGAACUUUCUCUUAAUGGUUCUGCUGUGGAAGAAGUACCGGAUUCUAUUGGGCAUUUGCAGAACCUUCAUACACUAAGCUUAAUAUGGUGUGGAUCACUUGCUGCUAUUCCCAAUUCUCUUGGCAAGGUCAAAUCUUUAGCAAAUCUCUGGCUUUAUGGCAGUGUGAUAGAAAUUAUGCCAGAUUCUAUUGGUUCUCUAUAUUAUCUUAGGUCCUUAUCGCUUGGAAAGUGUCAAUAUUUGACUGCGUUGCCUGUUUCAAUUAAAGGACUGUCUUCUUUGGUUGAGCUUCAAAUAGAUAACGUGCCAUUCCGUAGUCUUCCUGAUCAUGUUGGAGCCCUUCAUUCACUGAAGACUCUUGAAAUAAGGAACUGUGCGCGCCUUGGCUCGCUUCCUCACUCCAUUGGAGAAUUGUUAGCUCUUAGAACAAUGACUAUUACUAGAAAUGAUGCUAUCACGGAGCUGCCAGAAUCAGUUGGGAAGUUGCAGAAUCUUGUCAUAUUGAGAUUGACCAAAUGUAAGCGACUGUGCAAACUGCCAUCUUCUGUUGGAGAACUGAAGAACUUAGUACACUUGCUAAUGGAGGAGACUGCAGUAACAGUAUUACCUGAAUCUUUUGGGAUGCUAUCGAGCUUAAUGAUUCUUAGGAUGGGAAAGAAGCCUUUCUGCCAGGUACUACAAAGUACUGAAAUCACAGGGUCAGCUACCUAUGCAGAAACGGGAACAGCACCUAUUGUGCUUCCUGCAUCUUUCUCAGAGCUAUCCUUGUUAAAAGAACUUGAUGCACAUGCGUGGAGAAUAGUUGGGAAAAUACCUGAUGAUUUUGAGAAACUAUCAUAUUUGGAGAUCAUCAAUCUUGGUCACAAUGAGUUUUCCCAUCUGCCAUCUAGUCUGAAAGGACUACAUUUCUUGAAAAAGCUUCUUAUUCCCUAUUGCAAACAGCUGAAAGCUCUUCCUCCUCUUCCCUCAAGUUUGCUCGAGAUAGACGCUGCAAACUGUGGAUCACUAGAAAGUAUACAUGAAAUAUCAGAGUUAAAGUUCUUGCGCGAGCUAAACCUUGCGAAUUGCAUGAGUUUGGUAGACAUCCAAGGUGUUGAAUGCUUGAAAUCCUUAAAGAUGCUACAUAUGGCUGGAUGCAAUGUCUCUUGUGCCUCUAUUGUUGGAAGCAAACUUGAUAAGGUUGCUGUGAAGAACUUGGAUAAUUUUAGUAUUCCAGGCACUGAAAUCCCUAGUUGGUUUACUCCAAGCGAGGUGCAUUUCUCAAGGCACGAAAACAAUGAAAUCAAAGCAGUGAUUAUUGCCAUAGUUGUUUCUGUGGACUGUGCUGAACCAGAUAAUUUGAGGGAUGAAUUGCCCGUAAUACCUAAUAUCUUUGCAAAAAUCGUUAGAGCAAAUAGACCAGUAUAUACUACUGGCAUGUACUUAAAAGGAGUCCCUACUACGCCCGAGGAUCAAGUUUAUUUAUGCAGGUAUCAAGAUUAUCAUCCAUUAGCGUCUAUACUCGAAGAUGGCGAUAUAAUACAGGUUGGCUUGGGCAACUUACCCAUUACAGGGAUUGAACUGAAGAAAUGUGGGAUACAUUUAGUUUAUGAAUGUGAUGAUGAUUAUGAAGGUAAUGAAGAAUCAUUGGAUGAAAGCCAACAAUCUGUAUCAGAAAGGUUAACACGGUUUUAUGGGGCCUCUGACAGAGAGAGCAAUAUCUUCAGCUCGGACUCAGCCCAAGAAGAUGGGGAAGGGGAAAGAACGCAGAGCUUUUUUAGCUUUGUCAAGGAGAUUUUCUGUGCUUUAAAGUACCUUCUAUUUAGGAGGUUUUCAACCCAUGAGCGUGGAUUCUUCAUUUAACUUGACAUACUCGUGUUAAAUGUGUAUUUUGUGUGAUUGUUUAUGCGGUGAAUAAUAAUGCUUAGAUUGUUAUGCAGUGAAUACUAAUCUAGGUUUGCUGAGAGAGCUCUCUUUUAACCAAUCUGCUGUAAAGAAAAUGCCUGAUUCCAUUGAAAAUCUGAAAAUCUUGUGGAAUGAAGAUUGAGAAUGUGCAGGGGGUUCAUCUCACUUCCUGAUUUCCUUGGCAA